AUGGACCCGUUCACGGAGCUGCGCAAGCACGCGGGUGGCGCGCACCCGCAGAAAGCCAAGCUCAAUGUGGUGCUGGCUGCCAUCUGCGACGUUAUCUAUGAGCGUCGCGCUAAUGGCGAUCGCCAGGCUCCGAUUUCUCCCACGGAGUAUUUCGCUGCACUCAUGACAGCGCUUGACGCCGCUUCGGACUCGCAUCGUCAGGAGAUCGCACAGCUUCUGUCUAUGGUACUACCUGAAGUGCCUGAAGCUGUACUUCGUGGAAAGUUCUCGGCUGUGGCCAAGUGCCUCUCUACAGUUCUACAAGAAGCAGGCGACGACGCGGCGUUGCUACGCUCGGCCAGCGCUUGUCUGGCUUUGGCUCUACUGGCACAGGAACCGUCAGCAACAGCGUGGGCCCGUCCCGAACUAUUACGCAGCUUUCAAUUGCUGCUGACACUUGCGAUGGAUACACGCCCGAAGGUGCGCAAGGCCGGACACAAGUGGACUAUGGACAUCCUAGAGCUGCACGCCGCUAAAGGUUGCGACGCUCUGUCCACACACAUUGCCAGCUUUGCAGAGAACGUGUUCGCCAGCUCCAAGAAGGACGGCAAGGACGACCAGCGUCUUGUGUUGCUCGUUGCCUUCCUCAAGCUCGCACUGCCAUUGCUGCAACGUAAGGUCGUGGCCUCUCUCGUCGCAGCACUGGCCAAGUUUCUGGACGCCAAGUCCAAGACACUGCGUCUUGUAACGUACGAAGCGUUCGAUGCAUUGAGCGCAGCGCCCGAGUCGCAGCUGACGGUAGACGCGCUUCGUAAACUCGUGAUCGCUGUAUUGGAUACACACAGCAGUGAAUCUUUGACGGCUAACGGCGGCCCUGUAGCCAUCUACGCUGUGCGUAUUCCGUCUCAGGCUCUUGUACGUCUCGCUACCGUCAACUCCGAUGCAGCUCGCGAGCUCCUGACGCGCGUAGUGAGCGCCGUGUGCUCUCACAUUGCCACAGACAAUGAUCGUGUCCAGCGCCAAGCUACACGCUCGUUGUUGACUGUUCUGAAGGCUACGGUGACCCCAGAGGUGCUCGAAACUGAAGCAACUUUUGCCGAUGUCGCUCGCGUGCUGGCUUCUCUGCAGAGCCUCACGUCGCUGCGUUUCCAGUGCGCGUGGAGUCACGUUUUCCCUCUUAUUGCCGAGCUAUUCCGCUUCUACGGCCCUGCGGGUCGUCCAGCACUCGAGCCUAUUCUGGUUACGUGCUGUGAACUUCAUGAGGCUGCCGACCAACUUCCUCGGCAGCAGCAAGGAGUUAAGAGCGCUCAGACGCUCUCUCAGCUGUUCGCGUUGGCUGCCGGUGCUGCUGUUGAGGCCUUGGGCCCACGUGCCUUCUUGGAGAUCGUCCCGAUCGACCAUCCAACCGACAUUGUAAGCGAACGACGUGCAUGGCUCCUGCCAGUCUUCCGUGAUGCUCUACGCGUGACGCAGCGUGGCUGUGAGCUUGGAUUCUUCGCUGAUGUGGUGCUGCCUAUGGCUCGAGCUUGCGAGGCUGGAGCACGUGAAGCGAGCGUCACUCCAUUGCAAGCGAAGACACUACAAACUCGCGCUAUUCAGCUCUGGACUUUCUUCCCGAGCGUCUGUGCUCGUGCCGUGGAUAUCGACACACACUUCAAGAAGAUCGCGAAGGUUCUCGCUAGUGCUAUGGCCGACAAGCGUUACCCGGAGCUGCGUCUCGCUGUCUGCCAAGGUCUUCAGGCGCUGGUGAAGCGUACGCGUGCUCUUCAAAAAUCUGUCGCCCGUCGCUACCAUCGUGAGACGGAAGACGCCGAGCUAGAAGAUGUCGAAGAGGCUGAAGACGACGACAACGAAGAGCAGCUGGACGAGGCUAAACUCGCGCGUGACCGUGCUGCUCUGGCUAAGUACGCAGGACGUUAUGUUCCACUGCUGCUCUCCUUCGUGGAGGAACUGGACCCGGAAAAGGACACCGAGCGAGCUCAGGUUUUACUAGAUACACUUGAGGGCUUUGCCUCACUAGCGGAGACUGAGUUGAUCAGCACGACGUUCAAGAAGGUGAUGCAGAAGCUGCUCGAGGCUACAACUGAAGCCAAGCGUGUCGAGUCUGAAGGUGCUGGCAGCAACUCCAAGCGCGCGAACAAACUUCGACAAAUUUCUCACGCGCAGAUGGCUCUUGCUUUGGCUCUUUUGGCUCACGUGGACGACGCGAACGUGGCUCUUUUGUACCGUGUGAUCAAGCCGUACUUACUGGACGAUGCCGAUGCUCCCAUGCAGAAGCGUUCGUACGCCGCUUUGGUGGCCAUUUGCGACUCGCACCCCAAGUUCCUGUCGGAGGAGUCGCAACUGCAAGACCUCACACGUGCUAUCUGCGAGUCGCUGCUCACGUGCUCGGUUCCCGCCAAGAAGAUGCGUCUCCGUGUGCUCGCUCACUUGAUCCGAGCUCUUCAGGCUCAGCCUGCUACCGACGGACUGGCGGAGGAGGAGUUGGUGCCCAAUCUUGUGGGUGAGAUCAUGUUGUGUACCAAGGAAGCCAACGGUAAGGCCCGCGAGGCUGCAUUCGAGCUGUUGGUGGCCAUGGCCAUGCUGCUCCGUGCCCGUGAUCCCCAGAAUGGUCUCAUGGAGUUUAUCCAGAUGGUUCUCGGUGGUCUGGCUGCUCGUACACCUCACAUGCGUAGCGCUGCUGUGAUUUGCCUCAGUCGGCUAGUAUUCGAGUUCGGUCGUGAAGAUCCUUCCAUCGCUCAAGCAAUGCCGGCGCUGCUCAAGACAGUGCUGAUGCUGCUGCAUGAAAAGGCUCGCGAGGUGAUCAAGAGCGUGAUCGGCUUCAUGAAGCUCGGUAUUGCUGUGUUACCCAAGGACCAGCUGGAACAGUUUCUUCCUGACAUCAUUAAUGGUCUUUUGGUCUGGAUUGGCGAGAGCAAGAACCGCUUCCGUGCCAAGACUCGCAUCAUUCUCAUCAAAUUGUGUCGCAAGUUCGGCUACGAGCACGUGGCUGCUCUUGUACCCGAGGAGGACCGUGCUCUGAUCCGUCACAUUAAGAAGACUAAGGAACGCGAAGACAAGAAGAAGUCGGAGCUUGCAGCUGAGGCUGCUGAGCGUCGUGCUGCCAAGAAGAACCGCGAUGCUUUCGAAGAGUUCAUGGCUGACUCGGAUGACGAAGGAGACGACGACGAGGCUGCAGCUAUGCAGGUGCUGAAGCGGAAGAAGGACUUGCACAAGAAACACAAGGGCGGAAAGGUUAUCCGUGAGGAAGAGGACGACAUUAUGGAUUUCCUGGAUGAUAACGCAGCCGUGAAGAACAUUUUCUCGGCCCAGAGAGGUGGUUACGAUGACGAGUUAAGCGACGAUGAGCUCCAGAUGAGCAAGGAUGGCCGCUUGAUUAUCCCUGGCGGUGAGGACGACGACAUGGAUGGAGGUAGCGACAGUGACGAUGAGGACAAGAUCAAGCAGGAUGUUGCUUCUCAGCUGCAGCGCAUGGGACUCAACAACGGCAAACACGACAAGAAUGGCCGAGCCAAGCGCAAACGUGAUGAUGACGGCAGUAAUGGUCGCGAGUACCGUGCCAAGAAGGCCGGAGGUGACAUGAAGAAGAAGGGCAAGCUCGAGCCGUACGCUUACAUUCCGCUGGACCCGAAGCUUAUGGCCAAACGCAACAAACGUGAAGCUGUAACGCGUUACGGCGGCAGCGUUGGAAAGAGGCGAGGCAAAAAGUAAAGUCCCCCCCCCCGCAGAAUAAAAACAAGACGUAGGUAGACUUCAUACAGCUAGAGCAAGAGGGGCAGGUUGCGUAACUGAAUAUCCAAUUCUCGUAAGACUUCGCAUUUCACAAAA